GACAAAUGGUAUUGGUUGAGAGAGGUUGUGUUGUGUUUAUCUAACUAAAGCCAUUUUACGAAUAGUAUUUAUUUCAACACUAUACCGUAAGCGUAAAACGUGUUCCACAAGUCUUAAACGCACUUCCUUUCUGUCUCAAUUCGUCAGCGUUGUAGUUCAAUCUUUGUGCGAGUUAUCGCCUAUUUUUAAACCUUAUCAGCUUAUCUAUAUACCUGUAAACUGUAUAUUGGAUUAAUUCUUAUUAUCUUCUUGAAUGGUAACUCAAAUGGCACUUUAAAAGUGAACCAAGUUAACUAAUAGUCUAAGAAUAAACAGAAAUCAGGAAAAAUGGAUAAUUUGAGGUUUUAUAUGGUGACAUGGAAUGUGGCAACAAAAUCGCCCGGUCAGGAUCUGAAUUCUCUGCUGGACUUCCCAUCACAGUUCAACAAGAACAAACCGCUGCCAGACUUCUAUGUAAUUGGACUCCAAGAGGUGAAAUCCCAACCACAGAAUAUGCUUAUGGAUUCUCUGUUCACGGAUCCCUGGACUUCCACCUUCAACAAGAUCCUCUGUAGACAAGGGUACAUCACAGCCAAGAGCAUACGACUGCAAGGGAUCCUACUAUUGGUGUACACUCAGAUGAAGCACGUUACACACCUGAGAGAUAUUGAGGCGCAGUAUACUAAGACGGGGCUUGGAGGGAUUUGGGGCAACAAGGGCGCGGUGAGCGUCCGUUUCAACAUAUACGGGUGUUCCGUAUGCCUGGUGAACUGCCACCUGGCAGCGCACGAACACCUGCUAGCAGAGCGCAUCAGCGAUUACAACACUAUCAUCAAACAACACUUCUAUCACGUCGGAGAGACCACCAACAUCUUGUAUCAUGACUACGUGUUCUGGAUCGGCGACUUAAACUUCCGAACGGAUCACCCUACGGGCAGCAGUCCGUCGUCAGAAGAGAUAGUUGCACAACUACAGAAGAUAGAAAAGGACAAAUACACCAACCUACUGAAACACGAUCAGCUGUUAGCCGUCAUGGAAACUGGGGAAGCUUUCUCGGAGUUCUCCGAGCCUGAUAUACGAUUCCCGCCGACUUAUAAGUUCAAUAUUGGAACCGAUGAUUAUGAUGUCAAAAGGAAGCCGUCAUGGACAGACAGGAUUCUGUACAAGGUGAUAGCGAAUAACUACGAGAAUAUAACUCUACGGGCGGAUCUGAUAUCGUACAACCACCUACCACACUACACAGUGAGUGACCACAAGCCUGUGGUCGCGCAGUAUAACAUCAAGAUCCGCCACGGCUUCACCCGCUCGGUCGUGGGGGAUACAGCGCGAGUGUCAAGAUCAUCAGCCAGAAUGUUCUCGAUGAUGGUUCCAAUGUCUGCCGACGGCACACCGAUUGACGCAUCAUCUACGCCCGGUGACCAGUCUCUGGGGUCGGGUGCUGUUAGUAUGAUGAGCAUGCCAAUACCACAAACUGAUGUAGAUGGAUUGGACAAGGAUUUGGUUGAUGGGCAGGCGUUCUCAAACUACACGGAGAAAACAGUAGAGUUCGCACCAAUCAGUCGGAUUUGGUACGUUGGCGACUCUGACUUCCGAACGCAGUGCACACUGUCUCCCGAUGUCGAGGUUAACGCUAACGACUGGAUUGGUAUUUAUGACGCCAAUUUCCACAGCCUAGACGACUACAUAGCGUACGAGUAUCUGGCCAAAGUGAGUGUCCCUCAAGCGCCCACCGCUGCGGGGCAGCCUCGCACCAUCACACUGAGCUUCCCUGUCGGCAGCGGCGUGCGGACGCCGGGCUUCUACCGAUUUAUAUACUUCAGCCAACCCAACAACGAUGUUAGAAGUGUUUUGGGUAUAUCAGAGCCGUUCGAAGUGAGCAGUAAAGAGGACAGGUUAGUAGCGAUAGACCCUUGCGAGCAGGCUUCUAGCAGUACGUCUCCGGGGCGAUCCAAGCCUUCCACGGCUACCACCGACAUCUUCACCGACUUCACAGGACUCGACGUCGCUAAGCUGUCUCGCCACUUCUCCAACGAUUUGAGCAUUGACUGACUAAAGACUUACCUGCCCGGGUCACCGGCUAACGUCAGGAGAAAGGACAAUCUAUAGGCUUAAGUUCAGUUCAGUCACAAAUCAGUGUAGUUGAAAGUGACUAUUACAAAUCGGUCGGUGAAAAAAUGACAAUAUUGUAAGUGAUAAGUUGAUCAAGUAUGGUGGCGGCCUUGUGGUGUCCUGUUAGUUGGUAUAAGUCUUGUGAUAAUCGGUUCAAAAAUAAACAAACAAUGGUACUGAUCUGCAGACACCAACUUAAUUUUAAUUUAGUUUGAUUAAAACUAGUUUUAUCUCUGUCUUGCACUCGUCGUUAGUGAAGGACGGUACUAUUUUUAGAGCUAUCAGACUAAAAUAAAAUUAAUUUAUCUGCCUGAAUCGGCACUAUAAUUAAAGGGCAUUUUGAAACUUUUAAUGUAACACGACUUAGUAUAAGUAAUCGCUUUUAUCCUUGUUGUAAUGUUAAUAAAGAAAAAAUAGUUCCGUUCUCUAAAAACUAAAAGCAUGACAUUUUAAGCAGCGCCACCUUUCGGUGACAGUAAAGCAUGUUACAACGAUCGUAAAUUCAUACCCAAUUGGAUUUUAGACAUUUGAUUGCAAUAUUCGACGUAAACCUAAUGAAAUGAAAUAAAUAAUUUGACAAAAGAGUAUCUGUUGUUGCGUAGGCGCUACCUGCGAUGGCUGACGGACAUUAUAAAGUCGUAUUUUUUUUACGACUCGUCUUUGAUAAAAGACGGGCAUUUUGCCUCGAACACCGAACCACUAUAAAAGCUUAAUAGUAAUUUUGCCUCAAUAAAUACCCGACUAUAAAGAACAAGUGACGUUUACAAUCUGACCGACUUAUCGGUCACACGUUUAUGAGUUUUUGAUGAUGUCUGAUUCAAGUAACGGCUUGAUAUAUAGUGUAAUUUUUGGUACAAUAAAUUACAAGAAAAUGCUAUUUUAUUAAAUUGUUUAAAUUUCGAAAAGUUCGUGUUGCAUUCAAAUAAAGCACAAUGAAGUAUAAUAAGAUAUUCAAAACAAGAAUAUGUACCUUUUUUACCUACAACAAAAGUUUACAUGCAUCAUCAAUAUCACGCCUAUUUCCUGUUGGGGAACAAAAGUGUAUAUCUAGUUAAUAAAUUAAAUAAGAGUUUAAAAUACUUGCAUUUCUUUGUCUAAAAUCCAAUUUCAAUUGACACAAAUAUUGAGAUUUCAUAGUGAGAUUGCUAAGAUGACAAUUAAAAAUAAGAGUCGAUGAACGUUGUAAGUUUUUUCUCAUUUAUGCGCGUAUCUAUAACAUUCUUGUGGUAUAUUUUUUGGAUAAAUUCCUACUCAAAUACCAUUACUAAUAUCGAGUAGCCGUGCUGAUAUUUUGAGUAAAUAAGUGUUAGUAGUAUAGAGGUUAUGGGCAUGACUGUACGCAAUAAAUUGGUGCUUUAAUCAAGAGUGCAUCAAAUAAUGUGUAUAAUGUACUUACGAAUGAUAACGUGAAAAAAAAACAUAACGCGAAUAAAAAACCGAAAUGUGACUUUGCUCAUACCAAUAGGGUCUAUACAAUCCAACAUCUAUGGUAUGUAUGAACGUAUUUUAGAGGUCGUUUGUUACAAAUUUUAUGCAUUUAGUUGGUAAGCGGUACACCAUAGCUUGUAGACAAUAACGCGGCCACGUUCAACCGAAUUCCUUUACAAGUAUAUAGAACUGUAUUGGAAUUGAAAUACUUAGAUAAAUUGUAAGUAUUAUCGUAGAAGCCGAGUUUCAAAUUAAACUUGUAUUUGUGUCAUUUACUCUUGUAAGUGUUAACAUUAGUGCGAAAGAGAUGACAAUAAAUAUACUCGCUCUAAUUUUAAAGAGUAAGUGAUAUAGGUAUUCGUUUCAAUAUUUCCUAUAUAACGACGUAUUGUAAAUGUUUUUAUUGGUGAUUUAUAUUAGUACAAUUUGUAAAUUUUAUAUCGAUGUAUAGUGCAAUAGAUGCAUAUACACUUCUCAUCAAAAAAAUCGAAACACCUUGCAAGUUUACGUUUUGUCAGGAUUAUCAGAAAAAUGUGUACAUUUAGGAAUAAAUGUUAAAUGUCGUUUAAUAGUGAGUAAUAUGAGCUUAUCAAAUCUUAAUGUUAAUGUUCUAAAUUUAAAUGAAUUUUUCAUAGGUUUCGUAUUUUGUUAAAUGAGUCAUUUUUAUUCCGUAUGGAGUAUAAAGGAAAUGGAUAAAACAACACACGUAAAUGAAAAAAAAAGCUAAAAAACGUUUAUUUAAUAACUUGUAUUCCCUCCCCGAGCUCUAAUUACUGCUUCCAUACGGUUCUUCAUCGAUCGGAUGAGAGUCACGAUCACAUGCUGUGGUAUAUUGUCCCAUUCCUCUUGGAUUGCAUCUUGCAGCUGGCUAAGUGUUUCUGGGGCAGGAUCUCUUGCUCGAAUUCGUCUCUUUAAUUCAUCCCACAGAUGUUCAAUGGGAUUCAUGUCCGGGCUUCUUGCUGGCCAUUCCAUAAUAGAGAUAUCGACUUCGUUAAGAUAAUCUCGUACGACGCCCGCGGUGUGAGCCCUAGCAUUGUCGUGCAUGAAUAUGAAGCCGUUGCCAAUAAAAUGUGCAUAGGGCAUCACAUGAGGCUCGAGACACUCUUCGACGUACCGAUGACAGUUUAGUGCAGGCAGACGUGGCCCAGACACGAAAGCAAGCUCUGUCUUACCGUCGGCGCUGAUUCCUCCCCAAACCGUCCACGAACCGCCACCAUAGCUGACCUUUUCUUCAAUGCAGCAUUGUGCAUAGCGUUCUCCGUCUCUUCUGUAGACCUUGUUCCUUCCGUCGUUACCAUACAGCAUAAUUUUACACUCAUCAGAAAAGAGAACUUUGCUCCACUGUAGGUAUGACCAAUUUAGGUGCUCACGUGCAAAGUUAAGGCGCGCUCUUCGAUGGUCUGCAGUUAAUUUCGGCCCAUUUGCUGGCUUAUGCGGUACCAGUUCACGAUCCUUCAACCUUCUUCUAAUUGUAGAGUCACUUACAGCCACCCUUCGUACAACACGAAGCCGCUGCUGCAGUUGAAAAGCGUUAAGGCGUCGAUUUCUUAAAGAAGUUGUUACAAUAAAUCGAUCAUCUCGCUCAGAAGUGACCCGAUUCCUGCCAGAUCCUGAACGGCGCGUGAACAAACCAGUCUCCCGAUAACGUUUAUAGACUCUAUGAACAGAUGACAGGCUUAGAUGCAGUCUUGCAGCCACAACACGCUGACUAAGGCCAGAAUCCAGCAAUGCCACAACUUGGGCGGCUUCUGUGGGCGAAGUAUCCAUACGUUUUAGAAAAAAAACCUUUUUUCAGACGUCCCAAAGUCACAGUAUUGAAAUAAAAAACAAAAAGUUUAAGGAUAGGCGCCAAUUUUUAGUUUUUAAACGCUAAAUGUACUCCAACCCUAAACACACAUUUGUCUUAAAACAGUGAUUCAUUUCGUUUAUAAGAUAAACAAAUGAAAUUCUAAUUUUGAAUUUAGAAUUUUCGCUUAUUACUGUAAUGGCCAAACUGCCAGCUAUACAUUUAUGUAUUUUUUUUCAUCGUAUGAAUUCUUUUUUGUGUUAAAUUCGGACAGAAACAAUGAAAACGGAAGUGUUUCGAUUUUUUUGAUGAGAAGUGUAUAUUAAAUGUGUAUUAUAUAAUAGAAUUGCAUAAUAAUAAAAUGUAGCUAUACUAUAAGAAUAUUCAACACAACAAUAAUAUUACAUUCAGUAGAAUUUUGAAAAGUUGCAAAUAUGUUGAGGGCUAGGUCGGCGAAGCGCGGGUAUUUAGUUCGUCCUGCGAUAAAAUCAGAAGAAAAAGGCGAAUCAGAAUCAUUCUGAUUCUGAUCAGAAUCAUUCUGAUUCUACGAUAGAUGGACCUCUGGUUAGCCCAAUUGGGAAUAUAGUCGUGUGCUUAUGAUGACGAUGAGGUACUUAUCUAGAGACGAGAGAAGCAGUAUUAUUUUCGCCUACAAAUAAAUAAAUAAUACUUUGACUUUUUAAUUAAACAUUUAAUUUACAUUUUUACACUUUAUUUCAUACUUAGCACAGAAUAAGUUAAGCCGUUGGUCCCGGUUACUACUUACUGAUGUAAGUAAGUAGUCGUGACAUGAGCCAUGUCAGGGGCCUUUGGCGGCUCAAUAGUAACCCUGACACCAGAGUUGAUGAGGUUGGUACUUCACCUCACAACCCACACAAUAGAAGAAGAAGACAGAAUAUGGACCCUAAUGUUUUAUUCCCAUCUGUUAUGUGAUGGAUUGCAACUUCUAAGAAUUCUAUUAAUAAAAAAAAUGCUUGAAAUAUUGAAAAUGGUUAUUUAUAGUUUAAAUAUGUAAUCAUUUAUAUUUGGGACGUUGGUAUUAAUAUAAUUACAUCGUGACAAUUUGUUUAAUGGUGAUAGAUUUAGUUACUUACAACUACGUAUUACAAACGGUAAAAAAUAAUGCUUGGCAUUUAUUAUUAAUAUGCAUUGGUUGUUAAUGUAAAAUUAGUUUUAUUGACCAAUUCCAUUUGUUUGCGCCGUUAGUGAAAUUAAGGAAUUUGAAUUAUGCUCUGAACAAUGUAAGUUUGCCAUUGCUGUUUAAGUCUUAUUUGUUAUCGAAAGAAAAUUUUAAAUGCAUAAAAGUUAUCUAUACACAAACCAGAAGAUCUUUAGUAAAAUGUUGCGUAAUUUUAAAACUCAAAAGACAGAAAUAAUUGGCAAAAUUUUAAUAGAAUGCAGAACAUUACGUUUGAAAGUUGAAAUAUUGUUUGUGCAGCGUAAACAUGAUAAGUAAAAAACGGACUUUGCAUAUGUAAAGUCCAGCUGGACACGAAUAUAUGGGGCUUAAUCCUUAGUUUUUACGAACGGCUUACAGUGCAAUUGUUGUAUUUAAAAUAUACGCCAUACAAAAGUUACCAGGCUGUAGCUUGUUUAUAAAUGCACUUAGUGAAAUAUAGUUCCUUUUUAGGUAUUAAAUUAGUGUCGCGAUGAGAAAAAAAUAUGCAUAUCGUACCUAUUAAAAAGUAACUCGUUGCCUUAUAGAGAAAAUCUAGUAAGCGCUUUUUUGAAAAAUUACUUAGGUUUGCUUUUAUUCAACAAAUUCUCGAUUUCAUUCUGGGUGAAUGAAUAUAAAGACUACUUACUUUUUGCGUGGACUGAAACUAACGUAUCUGUAUAUUGUGAGUUUUACAAAAAUCACACGCGAAUGUGAUUUUUCAAAAAGUCGCUUGCGAGAUGUUCAUUGUAAGACGUCGAAAUAUGAACUUUAGGUUCCGAGAUUUUGUAACGAAUUUGUAAAAACUUACGUAUAUAAAUAAUGAGACACGUAAAAUUUUAGACACUGUUGAAAUUCUUAAAAUUAUUUAUUAUUGAUACAACUCGGGUCCUGGUAUGGAUUAAUUUACGGGUUUUGGCCUAAAGAACUUUCUUGUUAUAAAAAACAUUAGCAAAUUCUUUAAGCGUAUUGGUCACAAGCUUAGAUUAUAAAGUGGUAUAAAUUAGAUGUAGUAGGUAAAUAUAAACGCUAUUCGCAAAGGUUUGUAGCUCAGUUCGUAAUGACAAUAAUUUUAGCUAGAUUUGUGUGGUGAAUUUUAUUACUUAGCAACGCAACCGAAUGGGAAAGUCGGGGUUUGUUUCUACAGUUCAAUUGAUAUAAGUACUACCUACCGUGUAAAAACAACUAUUAUGUAAAAGUUUUGAUUGGUCGUAUUCAACUCGCUAGUUUUCUUUUAUAUUUGUUCCAAAAGUAUAUUAUGGAAUUAAAUAUUAUUUACAAAUAUUUUUUUUAUAUUUCCAAUAUAUUUCCAAUAUUAAAAAAUACGAUGUUUCUAAAACGAAUAUAAUCAAAGGUUCCGAGUAGAAUAAUCUAGUUGUUGUAUUUUGUUUGUGUAGAUAUGGUGCUAAUUCCUGCAAAAAACCAUCCAAUUUUAUUUUAAGUUAUACCUGUCAUUUUCUUAUCCGCCGAAAAUGAAAGGGACAAGUAAUCGAUAGGCAUAAAAUUUAUGGAACACACGUCAAUUUUAGGCAGAAAUCUAAAACAACCCUUUAAAAAAAUUCCAUUGGUCAAUAACCCGACAGGAUUAAGUUGACAUCAAGCGGGUUUCAUAUUAGCGAGAUGCCUAUUUUAUUCGCCCGGGUUAUUAAUUCAUUUAAAAAAAAUAUAGUUGUCAACCAUCCGUCCCUUUCCUUUUCGGCGGAUAAGAAAAGGACUGGUAUAACUUGUAAUAAAAUUAGAGGUGUCUGCAGGAAUCGGGGUCAGUGGUGCCUAUUCAGGCGGACACAAACUUAACCUUAUUUUAGUUUGACAGGUCUUAAAUUAGUGCCGUAAGAAAGAGAUUCAGCUUGUUUUAGUCCUGUCAAAUUAAGUUGCUGCUUGCCUGAAUCGACACCAUUGAGUGGUGUACUACAUCACUAAUCUAAUCUAA